UUGGGCCCGACCUCAUUUCAUUCGUCGCUGAUCGAUCGCCACAGCCUGGCGCCUCCGCAGAUUGUAAGCUCGUGCGUGCGAGUCAUCCAGUGCCAGCGUCGCUGCCCGCGAUUUGCAUCUUUAUAGGCCACCGUCACCGCUUCAAUCUCGUUCCUGCCGUCCAUUUCUAAGCGGUCGCCUGCCUGUCUGUCAGUGUGAGAAACGAAACUCCCCUCCCAGCGGCCCUUUGAGUUCAUCCAACACCUCGAGAUCCUCCGCGGCGAGAAUAGGCACAGCUUUAGGUCAGCAGGCAACCAGCCAGGCCAACCAUCCCCACACACGACUCGUUCGUCUCCUCAGCACUGCGGGCCGAGAGGAGAGCACUUGAUACCCCCGCCAGCGUUUACUGCAUGACUCAAGCAAAUUUACAGGGGGACAUUGAAGAGGCCCGAGUGGGUGCGUUGUCGAGACUCAAGCAGAGCGUGACGGACGGGCUAGAAGUUGACAUGGCGGAACCCACACGUGAAGCUGACGCCGAGUGGGGACAAGUUUUUUCGGCAGGGGAGAGCACACGCAGUUUUGUGGAAGCCGAGGUGGUUUCUGCAAUUGAAUAUGACCGAUCGGGAGACUUUCUAGCCACAGGAAACAAAGGUGGACGCAUCUCCAUCUACUGCCGCCACGGAAACCCAGCAUCGAAUCAAUCCAUGUACAGCGGAACGAGUGGCGACCCGCAAUACCAGUUGUACACGGAGUUUCAGAGCCACAACGCCGAGUUUGACUACCUCAAAAGCCUCGAGAUAGAGGAAAAGAUCAAUCAGAUCAAAUGGUGCCGUCCGUCAGGCGGAUCCCAUUGCCUGCUGUCGACAAACGACAAGACCAUCAAACUCUGGAAGAUACACGAGCGCAGCGUCCGUGAGGUCACGACGUACAAUGAACAGAGUCUUGCGCACGUCCCACGAGCACAGAUUACCCCGGAACUUAUUCGGCUGCCGCUAAUACACACCCGAGGCCAAGUUACGACCAGCACAGCCAAGCGGGUGUAUUCAAACGCACACACAUACCACAUCAACUCGAUCGCGAUAAACAGCGACGGAGAGACGUUCAUUUCGGCUGACGAUCUACGCGUGAACUUAUGGAGUCUUGGUAUCUCUAAUCAAAGCUUCAAUAUCGUCGACAUCAAGCCUGCGAACAUGGAAGAGCUCACCGAAGUCAUCACAGCUGCGGAUUUCCACCCUACACACUGCAACACGAUGAUGUAUAGCACCAGUCGUGGCGCCAUCAAGCUAGGUGACAUGCGACAAUCGGCUCUAUGCGACGCAUACUCACAAGUGUUUGAAGAGCAAGAAGACCCUGAAGCUCGAAGCUUCUUCUCUGAGAUUAUUGCGUCCAUCUCGGAUAUCAAAUUCUCUCCGGACGGUCGCUACAUCAUUGCACGCGACUUCCUCACGCUUAAAGUCUGGGACAUCAACAUGAACUCUCGUCCAGUUCAAACAAUUAAUAUCCACGAGCACCUUCGCCCGCGGUUGGGAGAUCUGUACGAGAGCGAUUGCAUUUUCGAUAAAUUCGAGUGCGCAGUCAGCGGGGACGGCAACAACUUCAUCACGGGCUCGUACAACAGCGAGUUCCAUAUUUAUGACCGCUACGGGCGUGCCGAUAUUUCCAUCACACCGCGUACCGCACGGGUGAGUCGCCGCCACUCCAUGCCACAGCGAGGUAUCGCGCAACAGAUUGCCGCGAUGCCGACUCCAGGUGACCCGGACGCAUUGGAUUUCUCCAAGAAGAUCUUACAGACUAGCUGGCACCCAUCGCUGAACGAAGUCGCUGUAUCCAUUCGCAACAGCCUCUUUGUAUAUGCGGCCUAGUUGCCUUGAGGCAACUGGCGAAAGCAGCAAUCAGAAUCUCCGUUGGUAAGAGAGCACAAAAAACAGUGGAUUCAUGCCAGCAAAUGCAAAAGAAUACGUGUAUGGGCAGCAUUUGAUUUUUUUUCACGAGGUAUUUUGCAUCUAGGUUGGUCGAUCACAUUGUAAAAGUGAACCGCCAACAUGUGCAUCCAAUUAUGGAUGAGGUAGGCAACGAAUACGACUCCUGUCAAGCCAACAGUAGCCACGUGUGAUCUUGACAUUAUGUACUACGUAGUAUUCCUCACGAACAUAACUCACAAG